UUUCUUAGUAAACACUACGCGCUUCUCGGUGAUGAUGCUGAUGCUGCGUAAUGUCGCACGGGUUUUCCCAAAAGUUCGGAACUUAACAAUUUUUUGACGUUUUAUCGGAGGUGUUUUUUUUAUAUUUCUAUUUGUUUUAUAUUUUACUUUAGAGUACAUAGAAUAUCACGUUUUGGCUUAUGAUUCUGAGGAAUUCAUGUACAUCCGGCCGUUUUAGACGCGGCAGACGGACCGAAAAAAAUUGGAUAUGCUGGAAGUUGGUGUGAGAGUAGUUCGGGGUAAAGAUUGGAAAUGGAGCGAUCAGGAUGGAGGCGAAGGACACACGGGAACGGUGGUUGAAAUUGGAAAACCAUACGAUGCAAAUAGUGCAUCGUCAACACCUGUAACUGGUGAUAAAACACCUGAUAAAACUGUAAUCGUACAAUGGGAUCAUGGACCAAGGAGUAAUUAUCGUAUUGGUUAUCAAGAUGCAUACGAUUUGCUUCUCUAUGAUAAUGCUCCAAUUGGUGUUAAACAUCCAAAUAUAAUAUGCGAUGGAUGUAAAAAACAUGGAAUUUUUGGAAUGCGAUGGAAGUGCGCACAAUGUUUCGAUUAUGAUUUAUGUACACAGUGCUACAUGGCAGACGUUCACGAUUUAAAUCACACAUUUCAACGAUUUCAAACAAUUAAUUCUGCUGGGGUACAACUUCCUGUGAGAGAAGGCGGCACGAAAAUAAUGCUAAGAGGAAUAUUUAUUGGAGCAAAAGUUAGCCGUGGAACAGACUGGGAAUGGAGUAAUCAAGAUGGAGGUCGAGGCAAAACGGGAAGAGUAAUGGAUAUUCGAGGAUGGGAUAAUGAAAGUAGUAGAUCAGUGGCUACUGUAACAUGGUCAUCGGGAACUACAAAUGUUUAUCGAGUUGGUUAUAAAGGAUGUGUGGAUCUUUGUUACGUAGAAGAGGCAACUGGUGGUGUUUAUUACAAGGAUCAUUUACCACUUUUAGGACAGUCUGUACAGACAAUUGAAAAUCCCGUUACAAAUGGUGAUGCAACAACCUCGGAAAAUCCGGGACCACGACAUUUAACAUUCCUCGUUGGUGACAAAGUAAAAGUAAUGAAAGAUAUUAAUACUCUCAAAACAAUGCAAGAAGGUCAUGGUGGAUGGAAUCCACGCAUGGGAGAUUAUUUAGGACAGGUUGGAGUGGUGCAUCGAAUUACAGAUAAAGGAGAUAUCAGAGUUCAAUAUGAAGGCUGUAAUAAUCGAUGGACUUUUCAUCCGGCUGCAUUGACAAAAAUCAUGACUAAGGAUAAUUUUUCCGUAGGCGAUAUAGUUAGAAUAAAAAGUGAUUCAGUAGCGGUUAAGAAUUUUCAACGGGGUCAUGGAGAAUGGAUAGAUGUAAUGAAGACUGCACUCGGUAAAACCGGUAAAAUAAUAAAAAUUUAUCCUGAUGGAGAUAUGAGGGUAGCUUUAGAUGGACACAUUUGGACAUUCAAUCCAUUGAGUGUAAUUCUCGUUAACACGAAUUCAGAAUUAGGGAAUUCGGUUAAAGAAGAAGAUCGUGAUGGUGUUGUGAACAAUGAAUUUGAUAGUGAUAUAGAAAAAUUGUUACGCGAAACAGUAAGAGGUGAAUCAGCAUUGACUGCUGUUAGGGAAUUUUUAAGAAAACAUCCUGAUAAAGUGGACGCUAGGGCUGGUGGUCCCGGUGGUGGAAGGAAAACUUGUUUGCAGGUAGCUGCGCAUCAAGGACAGCGUGAAUUGUGCAUUCUUUUAUUGGAUGCUGGUGCUUCCCUUCACGCUGCCGAUGAAGAUGGAGACACACCUUUACAUUAUGCAGCGUUCGGUGAUCAGCCGGAAAUAAUGGAAUUAUUGUUGGGUCGUGGUGCGCUGAUAAAUGCGGUAAAUAAUGGAAAAUGUAGCGCUCUUCACGUGGCAGUAAAUAAACAAGCGCAAUGUGUUCAUACUUUAUUGCGACAUGGCUGUGAUGUGAAUCUUCAGGAUUCUUAUGGAGACACAGCAUUACAUGACGCUAUUGGAAAAGAUGUACUUGAUAUUACUGACGCUCUCUGUGCAUGUGAGAGAUUAAAUUUCACACUUCGAAAUAAACGGGGAUUUAAUGUCUUACACCAUGCAGCACUCAAGGGAAAUGCAUAUGCCACAGAAAAAGUAGUGCUUCGUGCUCAGCAUUUGGUUAAUGUAAAGAAGGACGAUGGUUUUGCGGCACUACAUCUUGCAGCCUUAAAUGGUCAUCGUGAAGUUGCGGAUAUUCUCCUUUCUCCAACAGGUGGUCGAGCGAAUGUCGGUUUGCGGAAUAAUCGACGUCAAACGCCUCUCCAUCUGGCGACAUCGCAAGGUCACUGGGCUCUGGUUGAGCUUCUUCUCAGUCACAAAGCAGAUAUUUCCGCUACCGAUGAAGAUGGUGACACAGCAUUACAUAUCGCUAUUAAAAAAAGUCGAAGUCAACCAACGGCGGUCACACCAGAAAGCUGUCGGGAUUCUCCAUUAACUUACGUAAUUUGGUUAAAUUUGGCGAGACAAAAUACAAAGACUGAAUUUGCAUUAGCUUGUUAUUUAAUCAGUCAAGACAGAAGUGGCGUUAUAUUGGAACAAGCGAAAAAUUCCAAGGGUAAAACGCCCAUUGAACUUCUACAGUCUGAUGAAGAUCCAUCCAUACCAGAUGUUUUACGUUCUUAUUAUAAUCAAACAAAUAGUAAUGUUCCGUCUCAUCAAGGAAAUAAUCCUGCGAGUAGUAAUGAGAACUGUCCAACGAAUAAUCUCGAGUCUACAGGAGAAACUGAUGUCACAAAAAAGUAUCCUCGCACUUCCGGUGAUGCUGACGAGUGUCGAAGUUGUCGUGGUACUCCAAAAAGAAUUGCUCCAGGUGGCAGUGUCACAGAGGGUGAAACGAAAGAAGGAAACGAAAGAAAUGAUGAAAUAGAGAAUAAACAGCAAGAGAUUAAGGAAAAUAGGGAAAAAGAUAAAAAUUUAGAACGUCUACGGUACUUAGAAACUAGAGUAGCUGACCUCGAGGAGGCACAUAUGUGCAGUAUUUGCAUGGAACGUCGACGCAAUGUAGCUUUCUUAUGUGGUCAUGGAGCCUGCGAACAUUGUGCAGCACCGUUAAAAACAUGCCACAUGUGUCGUCAAACAAUUACCAAAAAAAUAAAUUUAUAUUAAAUAAUAAGAUUAUAAAAGGAAAUUGGUCUUGCACGCGGUUCUAAUCCGCAAAAAAAAAAAAAAAUCUCAUCUGCCAAAUAUAUGUAAUGUCGUCGUUUGUCGUUGCGUCGUCAUCGUCGUCAUUGUCGUAGCACAGUCACUCAUGUCUCCCCGGUGUUACUCGUGAUCGACAAAAAAAAAAAAUUUGUUAUUUAUGUACCACAUCGUGCCAUAAUGCAAAUUAGAAAAGUCUGUAACGAUAAAUGCCUUUUUUAAUUAUAUAUAUAUAUAAUAUAAAAAAAAUAAUUAAUCGACGCUUUUUGGAAAUAUUUGAAUCAACGCUUUUGCUCGCGUAUUCCCGUCCAUAUUUUGUCCUCCCCCCUUCGUAAAAAUAAAUUUCAUUUUUUUUUUAAAAAAUGCUCUCCCCCUACACGACUGACCACUUUUUUAAGCAACAAAAAUCAAAUUCCAAAAAAGGACGAAAAAUUUUACAAUUUUACUAUAUAUUUUUUUUUUUAUUUUUUGUAACGAAUUUUUAGAUACGUUUUUUCUCUGUAAAAUCACGAUGCGCGUCUGUCUCAUGCCAAUACGCAUAAUAGUGACAAAAAUAAAAUUGAUGAUUCACUUUAUCUGAAUCGUCGGAAUUGUAAUUUUUAUAUAAUAAUAAUAAUAGUAGUUGUAUUGUCGUUAAGUCUGUACUGUAUAUUGUACUACAGGAAUGAAUUAGGAUAAUAAACUAUUUGUAGAGAGUAAUUUAAAAAGCAUUGGUAUGAUUCUACAAUUGUACGUAUAACGUAGGUGGUAAUUUAAAUAAAAACAUUUUAAAUUUAAUCGACCUCAAUUUUUGGUCCAAUUUCUCCGUUACAUUUCAUGUCCACUUCCAUUUUUGUGAUUUUUUUUUCACGCACCGCUUAUUUUUUACUCAAAAAGACAUAUUAUAUUAUAUUAUCACAUUGACAAAGCUAAAGAGAAAAAAAAAGAAUAAUAUAUGAUUAUGAAAAAAAAAACACGCGCGCACAAAAAUGAUAAACGGUUCCGAAAUUUGCACGCAAACAAUUUUUCUCCAACAACUAAAACAUUUAUAUCAGAAAUAGCUAAAUAUUUAUCUAAAGCAGAGAAACUUAUUGUAUAACUAAACUAAAGUGAUUCUGUUCUAGCUACUUUAGGCAAAUGUUUUUUUUUUCAUUUUUUUUUUUUUAGCUAUUUUAGAUAAAUUAUUUUGCGUGUAUGAAAAAAUAGUCUCCCGAGAAAUUCGAGCAAUUUUCAUUUGAAACUAAGUAACAACAACAAUAACACAAAGUGCACAACAUAUAUAAUGCCGCGUUCAUUGACGUUAUACGACAGUUUAAACGAAAUCGCUGAUGACUUUACUUGACUUAGCAAGCGAUCAUAUUUAUUUUGGUACUCGAUAAGGUUCCAUACUCAUUAUUUUACAAUCUUGAGCCAGUUUGCAAAACUGUAAUAGUACUUGUAAUAAUAAUUAAUAAUAAUAGUAAUAAUAAUAAUAAUAAUAAUAAUUUUUCUAAAUAACCUAAUAAUAAUACGCUUAAAGAGUGAUAUAAUAUUUAAUAUCUAAUAAAUUUAAAUGGUAUUGAUAUCACGGUCAUAUAUCAAAACCAUUUAAAUUUAUCUACACAAGACAGAGAUCUUGAACUAUGUUAAAAAAAAGAACAAUCUUCUUUUUCUUCUUCUUCUUCUUCAUUAACAACAAAAACAAUCCCAUUUAUUCAUAUACAUUAUUUUAAACCAGUUUAUAUGCAAAAAAUAUUUUUAAAAUAUUUUCAAAUAAAUCAUUUUCUCAUUCUUUGUCCCCGUUUUUUUUUUUUAAAUUUCUUUCUUUUAAACAGUUUUUGAUCUCCAUCCACGCGCUUGUUUCACAGUGAAAUCGAACUAAAGAAAAACAACGUUCUUUCUCACUCAAAUUUCUAAUGUUUUGCUUCUAAAAUAUUGUUCAUUACCCGAAGAAUGACAAAUUUUUUUCGCGCAAGAAAACCUUCAUUUUAUUAAAAAAAAAGAAAUGGACAGCAACAAAAACAACGCAAUUUAAAAAAAAGAAAGAAAAAAGCAAAUUUACACUGGAACUUUAAUUGAAAACAUCAUUAUAGAAUUCUCGUCUUUGAAUCUGUCGACAAAAAUAUCCGUCAAUUUAUAUUCUAAAUUUUAUUUUUUAGAUUUAAGAAAUUUCUCUUAAAACACAGACAUAUUGGGAGAAAAUAUCAAAAGUUAAUUGAAUUUCUAUUCUUUUAUUUUUAUCCAUAAGAUAUUGAAAAUUCGUUAACAUUAUUGUACAAGACUUCAAAAAUAAAAAAUGUCAAAAAGUGUUCCGUCAUCUGUAUUUUUCCAGUGACAAUUUUUUUUCUUUUUACUAUACUAUACAUAUUUUUCUAAACAAAAUAAACUUUUUGCAUUUAAUAUUUUGAUGCCGUGUAUUAAAUGUGAAAAAAUUUUCAAAUUUCCUCUGCAUAAAUAUAGAAGUAAUAAAAAUUUAAGAUAUUUGUUAUUUAUAUUUCCAAUUUUUGUCCACAAAUUUUGAGAAAAACUUCUUUUAAAUGGUCAAUUUUGAGUCAGAUUCAAAAAAAAUAAAUUCUGAAAUGCUACAAAUCGAGUUUCAUUUGUUUUAGUAUGAUUAAAUAGAAGUUUUAUUAAAUAAUAAUUUAAUAGAAUAAAAAAUGUGUUUCAUUAUAAAUUUCAAUUAAUUAGAAAUUUUACGAUAUGAAUUUCGAAAUAUUAAAAAUUCAAGCUCAUAUUUUUUUUUU